AUGGAAGCUGAAGGUGCCAGGCGUAUUUUUGAAAGAUCUACAGAACAUGGUUUUCGUUACAAACGCCUUGUUUGUGAUGGUGAUGCUUCAGCCUAUGAAAUGGUAAAAAAUACGUACAUACAACAGCAGGAUGAAGAUAAGGAGAACACCAAUGAUCAGCCAACAUCGGAAAAAUUUUUGGCGCAAAAAGAAGACUGCAUUAAUCAUGUUAUAAAGAGAGUAGUGAGCCGUCUCACAUCUCAACGGGCCAAAAUGAAUGUUUUAGUUGAAGAUUUGUCAAAAAAAAGCCGGUUAUGGUUAGGCAAUGCCGAUGGGAAAUUUUAUGGUGGUUCAGGCGGUCGAAUGACUGACAAAAUGAUUACACGUUUAUCCGAGUCUUAUGGUAUGGCUAUUAGACAAGGUAGUCGGUUAGCCAAGGACAUGGAGGAAGAAACAGCUGUUCAAUUGAUGAAGAAAAAGUACAUGGCAGCCUUUUAUCAUAAUAUUAAUGAUCAAAAUAAACCUAUUCAGCAUAAAUACUGCCCUACUACUUCGGAUACCUGGUGCUCAUUUCAUAAAUCAAAAUAUACAAAUCAACCAGAAAGUGGUGAUAAAGUCAAGCAACGAUUGGAUCCUAUAUGGUCUAUUUUGUCUAAAUCAAAAAAUCAUGGCUUUAUUAGUGUUAGGGGUGCAGCAGCUGAGGCAGUUAUAAUUUUCAAUCGUGGUCGUGUUGGUCUGUUACCAUUUUUCGAUACAUUAGGAUUAGAUGUUAAUUAUUCAUUAUUGAAGAGUUCAUUAGCAAAAGAUACAAAAUGUCUUGCUAAGGCUGGGUCUGUAGUAGCAAAACGAGACACAGUAAUUGAACGGAAAAAACAGGCUCGUUCAAAGUCACUGACAGCUGAACGUGAUAUUUCUGAAUAUGGAGCAGGAGCUCAUUAG